UAAGCUUUUAGAAAGCUGUAGCUUAAUCAUGGCAUACAAUGCAAUUUCGUUCUUGUCAUUCUGCACCCUCCUUGUCCUUCCCUUGCUGUUUCAGGCUACUUUAGCAGACUCAAAAGACAAAAAGCCAUACCCAUUUGAUUUUCUCAAGCACCUCCAAGGGUGCCACAAGGGUGACAAGGUUAAAGACAUACGUAAGCUCAAAAAGUAUCUCGAACAAUUCGGUUACUUGAGCUAUAGCAAGAACAAAACUCAUGCCAAUGAUGAUGAUUUCGAUGAUCUCCUGGAGUCUGCCAUCAAAACUUACCAGCUAAAUUUCCAUUUGAAUUCCAAUGGAGCUUUGGACACCGAGACAGUAUCAAAGAUGAUGAUGCCUCGAUGUGGGGUAGCAGAUAUCAUCAAUGGUACAUCUGGGAUGCGUUCUGGCAAGAAAAAGCCCCACCGAGCUGCAGGCUCUAAAUCUAUCCAUGAAGUAUCCCACUAUGCUUUCUUCCCACGAAGCCCUAGAUGGCCACCUUCCAAGUCCCAUCUCACCUAUGCAUUUCUUCCAGGGACUCGUGCCGAUGCUGUGAGCCCCGUUGCAGGAGCUUUCCAAACAUGGGCUGCAAAUACACACUUCAGAUUUUCGAGGAUUGACAACUAUAGAGAUGCUGAUAUCACUAUUGGCUUCCAACGUCGAGAUCAUGGAGAUGGAAACCCUUUCGACGGCCCUGGUGGAACAUUAGCUCAUGCUUUCGCACCAACUAUUGGAAGAUUCCACUAUGAUGCAGAUGAAACAUGGUCUGUAAGUGCUAGGCCAGGCACUAUGCACUUGGAGACUGUUGCAUUGCAUGAAAUUGGACACCUUCUCGGUUUGAGUCACAGCUCGAUUGAGAAUGCCAUUAUGUACCCAAGCAUCACGGCAGGAACAUCCAAGGGUUUGGCUAGGGAUGAUAUUGAAGGAAUCAAGGCUCUAUAUAACAGAUGAGAAGUUAUCAAGUGAAAUCUUAUGCAUUAAUAUUGCAUUUUCGAGGCAAUUUAAUCAUGAGAGAUUUUGUAUUUUCCGUUUCGAUUAUAGUUAAAGUCUAGUCCAUUAGAAUAAGUCAUUUCUGACAAAAUAAUUACAGGAAAAAAGGGACAGUCUUUCUGUUUUUCUUUUUGAUUAUAGUUAAAGUUAAUUCUAUUACUUGUCUCUAUACAAUUUUCUAGAUUAAUUUUCAGUUUGGUUUUGGAGCUUGGA